GACAGAAUAGUGAUGUAAUUUGACCUGAGGCCACACAGCAGGUAUUAGAGUUAUAACUGAGAUGGGUCUGUCUUGUUCUAAAAGCCAGAUCUAAAUAUGACGUUCGUCAGGACACCCCUCCAAGUCCAGAGACCUCUGGGACGGGCCCAGUCCUGGGGCUUUUACUCAGCACCUUUGCUUGGUGCUGGGGAAACUGAGGCCCAGAGAGAAGCUAUAGCCUGCCCGAGCUCCGGUAGCAAUGGACCAAAGGCAGCUGUGCAUGAAGCUGGAUGAAACGAAUGACUGGAGGAGACUCUGGUGGAGGGGUAGGUUUGCGGAGCGAUCCGGGAGCUGGGUCACCGCUCUCAAGGGUGGGGUGGGGCCGUCUACCAAAAGGCGGGGCCUUCCGUGCAGGGCCCCGCCCCCACUCCGCGCGCCACGCUCAGCGGCGGCAGGGGAACCCAGUUUCCGAGGAACUUUUUGCGAGCGCCAGGCUGCCACGGAGGCCAGGGCGGGACGCGAACGCGCUGAGCGACCGCAGCUACUGGCGCGGGCCGGCGGACGCAGCGCUCUCUGCGAAAGUCCGUGCGCGCCGGCGGGCGGCCGGGAGGAGGCUACUACGCCAUGGACGAGAUGCCCUUCACCGAGGCAGCCUUGGGGCAGGCGCUGGCUGAGCCGUGCGACCUGGAUGCAGCGCUGCUGACUGACAUAGAAGGAGAAAUAGGAGCAAGCAGAGGACGCCCCGAAGGGGUGGACGGCGCGGGCCGCGGAGCCAUGGAUUGCACGUUCGAAGAUAUGCUUCAGCUCAUCAACAACCAAGACAGCGACUUCCCAGGCCUGUUUGACCCACCCUAUGCUGGGGGCGGAGUAGGGGGCACAGACUCCACCGGCUCCGGCACUGAAGCCAGCUCCCCAGGCAGCUUGUCCCCACCUCAUGUCAUGAUGAGCUCCCCACUCGAAGGCUUCCUGGGGGGGCCCAAAGCAACACCCCCACCCUUGUCCCCUUCCCAGCCUGCACCUACACUGAAGAUGUACCCUUCUGUGCCUGCCUUCUCCCCUGGGCCUGGUAUCAAGGAAGAGCCAGUGCCACUGACCAUCCUCCAGCCCUCUACCCCGCAGCCCCUGCUGGGGGCCCUCCUGCCCCAGAACUUUCCGGCCCCAACUCCACCACAGUUCAGCUCUACCCCUGUGUUGGGCUAUCCCAGCCCACCUGGAGGCUUUUCCACAGGGACCCCUCCAGGAAGCACCCCACAGCCGCUGCCUGGCCUGCCAGGGGUCCCGCCCGUCUCCUUGCAAACCCAGGUCCAGAGUACCGCCCCCCAGCAGGUGUUCACAGCCACAGCCAGCCCCACAGUGGGCCCUGGAACAACCACUGUGACCUCACAGAUUCAGCAGGUCCCGGUUCUGCUGCAGCCCCACUUUAUCAAGGCCGACUCACUGCUCCUGACAACCAUGAAAACAGACUUGGGAGCCCCUGUGAAGGCAGCAGGUGUCAGCUCCCUGGCCCCUGGCACGGCUGUGCAGACAGGGCCCUUGCAGACUCUGGUGAGUGGCGGAACCAUCCUGGCGACAGUGCCGCUGGUAGUGGACACUGACAAGCUGCCCAUCAACCGGCUGGUGGCCAGUGGCAAGGCCCUGGGCUCUGCCCAGACGCGUGGUGAGAAGCGUACAGCCCACAACGCCAUUGAGAAGCGCUACCGCUCCUCCAUCAAUGACAAGAUUGUCGAGCUCAAGGACCUGGUGGUGGGCACUGAGGCAAAGCUGAAUAAAUCUGCUGUCUUGCGCAAGGCCAUCGACUAUAUUCACUUUCUACAACAGAGCAACCAGAAACUCAAGCAGGAGAACUUGAGUCUGCGAACUGCUGCCCACAAAAACAAAUCUCUGAAGGACCUGGUGUCAGCUUGUGGCAGUGGAGGAAAUUCGGGUGUGCCCAUGGAGGGCACAAAUCCUGAGGUGGUGGAUACGCUGAGCCCGCCACCCUCGGACGCAGGCUCGCCCUCCCAGAGCAGCCCCUUGUCCCUUGGCAGCAGGAGUAGUGGCAGUGGUGGCAGUGGCAGUGAUUCAGAGCCUGACAGCCCAGUCUUCAAGGAUAGCCAGGUAAAGCCAGAGCAGCUGCCAUCCUCCCACAGCCGGGGCAUGCUGGACCGCUCCCGCCUGGCCCUGUGUACACUCAUCUUCUUCUGUCUCUCCUGCAAUCCUUUUGCCUCCCUGCUGGGCAGCUGGGGUCUCCCCAGCCCCUCAGAUACCACCAGCAUCCACCAGAGUUCUGGGCGCAACAUGCUGAGCACUGAGGACAGAGAUGGCCCUGGUUGGGCCCCAUGGCUGCUGUUCCCACUGGUCUGGCUGACUAAUGGGCUGCUCGUACUGAUCUCCUUGGUGCUUCUCUUUGUCUAUGGAGAGCCAGUCACUCGGCCCCACUCAGGCCCCGCCGUGCACUUCUGGAGGCAUCGCAAGCAGGCUGACUUGGACUUGGCCCGGGGGGACUUUGCCCAGGCUACCCAGCAGCUGUGGCUGGCCCUGCGAGCUCUGGGCCGGCCCUUGCCCACCUCCCACCUGGACCUGGCCUGUAGUCUCCUCUGGAACCUCAUCCGCCACCUGCUGCAACGUCUCUGGGUGGGCCGUUGGCUGGCAGGCCAUGCAGGGGGCCUGCAAAGGGACUGUGCUCUGCAGGCAGAUGCCCGUACCAGUGCCCGAGAUGCGGCCCUUGUCUACCACAAGCUGCAUCAGCUUCACACCAUGGGAAAGUACACAGGGGGACACCUCACUGCUGCCAAUUUGGCCCUGAGUGCACUGAACCUGGCAGAGUGUGCAGGGGACACCAUGUCUGUGGCCACGUUGGCUGAGAUCUAUGUGGUUGCCGCACUGAGGGUCAAGACCAGUCUCCCGCGGGCCUUGCAUUUUCUGACACGCUUCUUCCUGAGUAGUGCCCGCCAGGCCUGCCUGGCACAGAAUGGCUCAGUGCCACUUGCUAUGCAGUGGCUCUGUCACCCUGUGGGCCACCGUUUCUUCGUGGAUGGGGACUGGGCCGUGUGCAGUCCCCCGAGGGAGAGCCUGUACAGCUCAGCCAGGAACCCAGUGGACCCUUUGGCCCAGGUGACUCAGCUAUUCCGUGAACAUCUCUUGGAACGAGCUCUGAAUUGUGUGGCUCAGCCCAGCCUCAGCCCUGCAUCAGCUGAUGGGGACAGGGAAUUCUCAGAUGCCCUCGGAUACCUGCAGCUGCUGAACAGCUGUUCCGAUACUGCUGGAGCUCCAGCCUGCAGCUUCUCCAUCCACUCCAGCAUGGCCACCACCACCAGCACAGACCCAGUGGCCAAGUGGUGGGCUUCGCUGACGGCUGUGGUGACCCACUGGCUGCGGCAGGAUGAGGAAGCAGCUGAGCGACUGUACCCACUGGUGGAGCACCUGCCUGUCACCCUGCAGGAGUCUGAGAGACCCCUGCCCAGGGCAGCUCUGCAUUCCUUCAAGGCUGCCAGGGCCCUGCUUGGCCGUGGGAAGGCAGAGUCUGGCCCAGCCAGCCUGGCCAUCUGUGAGAAGGCCAGUGGGUACCUGCAGGACAGUCUGGCCACCACACCAGCUGGAAGCUCCAUUGACAAGGCUAUGCAGCUGCUCCUGUGUGACCUGCUUCUUGUGGUGCGUACCAGCCUGUGGCGGCGACAGCAGCCACCUGCACCAGCCCCGGCCUCACAGGGCCCAGGCAAUGGAGCCCAGGCCUCUGCCCUUGAGCUGCAUGGCUUUCAACGGGACCUGAGUGGCCUGAGGCGUCUGGCGCAGAGCUUCCGGCCUGCCAUGCGGAGGGUGUUCCUACAUGAGGCCACAGCCCGGCUGAUGGCAGGGGCCAGUCCCACACGGACACACCAACUCCUGGACCGCAGUCUGAGGAGGAGGGCAGGCCCCUGUGCCAAAGGAGGCACCUGCGCCGGGGUGGAGCUGGAGCCGAGGCCCACAGGGAGGGAGCAUGCCGAGGCCCUGCUGCUGGCAUCCUGCUACCUGCCACCCUGCUUCCUGUCGGCUCCUGGGCAGCGCGUGGGAAUGCUGACUGAGGCGGAGCGUAUGCUCGAGAAGCUUGGUGAUCGCAGGCUGUUGCACGACUGCCAGCAGAUGCUCCUGCGCCUGGGCGGAGGGACUACGGUCACUUCCAGCUAGACCCCCACUGGCGGCCUCUGCGCCCUUUGGCUAUGUCCCUGGUGGGAGCCUCAAUGGCCAAAGGCAGCGCAAGAGAUCUCAAUGUCCACGGUUUACCCAUGGACUGCAUUGCCUCGGUGGGGGCGGGAGGAAUGGGAGACCCUUGGGGGCUUUUGUCUCUGGACUUAGGAGGCCAGAGGGGGUGUAACCCCGCCACCCCUGCAGGCUCCCCAACCAGACUAGCAGCGGCCAGGUUGGUGCUGACCUCUGGUGGCCGGUGGGAGGAUUGCAGAGGCCGGUCCCAUCGGUGUCACCUCUGCUUUGCAACCAACCAGUGGCUUUUCCCUCUCCUGGCUAAAGGGAGAGAGGGGUACAUGUUACUCAGCUGAGGGGGAUAGAAAUGGUUUUCCCGGCCAGCAAGGGUGCCUAGCUCCAAGAUGCCUCCUUCCCUUCUGGGGAGGUCUGUACAUAGUGUAGAUCAGGGUGCACCUGACUUCUGGCCUCUGGGGCUCAAGUGUUACUUUGUCUUUUGCAAACUAUUUUCAUAGGGUGAGAAGUUUUGUACAAAGAAUAAAAAAUGGAAUUAUUUAUAA